AUGGAAUUUUGUUUUCAAAACAUAAAGUAUUUAACUCAAACACAUGGCCUCUCCCAAGCUUCCACUGACUCGGAUGCUGAGUACCUCGGGUACUCCGAGAGAACUCUAGCCAUCAUUAAACCUGAGGCUUAUGAGGAUGCCGAGGCUAUAGAGAAUCAUAUUAUAAAUAACGGAUUCCAAAUACUAGCUCGCCGUACAGUGCACUUGACUCCGGAGCAAGCCGCGGAAUUAUAUAGAGGUCAUUAUGGAAAGCACCACUUCCCGCACCUUGUAGCACAUAUUUCAAGUGGCCCUAUCAUCGCGAUGGUACUGGCUACCAAGAACGCUAUUAGCAAAUGGUGUACUCUUAUGGGCCCUGCAAGGGUAGCGGAGGCUCAGGCGUACUGGCCGGACAGUCUCCGCGCAUGUUACGGCCGUCGCACUAAGUACGGCGAUUUUUUUAAUGGCCUGCACGGCAGCGAGAACCAGCACGAAGCCCAAAGGGAAAUACAUUUCUUCUUCCCUUCGAUGAUUGUUGGUCCCUUGCUUCGUCAUUGGCAAGUCGGCGACUACAUACAAAAAAACAUCACACAAACUCUUCUACCAGGGCUUACAGCAUUGGCCCACGAACGUCCAGCGGAACCGAUCUUAUGGCUCGCUGAAUAUUUAAAAAGUCAUAACCCUAAUGAACCUGAAGUUACUUCUCAAACGCCAGAAGCUCUGGAUGAUCCUCGCUGUCAUACACCGGUUUCAGAGCAAUCCCAAAUCGCUGUUGCAAAACCUGCAGAACAACCGACAUCUGGUACUGAAAACAAUGUUUGAAAAGCUUUUCAAGCAUUCUUGAAAGUCCGAACACAAUUGUAAUUCUGGCGGACAAAAAUUUGAAAAUAAUACGGACAUUUUACAAUAUAGUUUCAACCUUUAAUGGGCGCUUCUGCCAGUGGGAGUGAAAGUGGCUUCCCACAUAGGCGCGCCAAUGCGCCGUGGGAAGAGUGUAGCCCGUAAGGGCCCAUCGGAUGUAUUGGUAAAUUCAAAGACGCGGCGCGAGAGUAUGACCGCCACCGGGUGCCGAUCUGCCUGUGGUGCGAGCACGCCAGUAUAAGCCGGCGCGACGCGGGGCAGCCCGAGUAACCGCAGGCCGCGAGAAGUCACAUUUGGAUAUUGUUACUAACUGUUAACCAAUAUGCCAUUUUUAACAUAAAAAAAAAUAAUUUAGAGCUUACCAAAAUUGGAAAUAAAUCUUAUAUGUUGAUGUAGUGGUUUAUGCGAGUUUGUGGUGUUAUCAAUCUGUACUUACAAAUAAAGUCUAAGUACAGCACA